UGACGUGUAGGAGAAUUUGUACGUAAAGUCAUCGUCCAAACUAACUGCAGAUUUCGACCGGAAUAUUUGCGCUUUCGUCGAUUGUUCUUUGAAUAUGUGAAACAUUAUUCACGUUAAAGAACUGAAGGAACCACUGGGUAUUCAUUUGUAGUGUAUUUAGGGUUACAAGAACGUAAGAAAUUCCGUAAACAAUGGCGUUGAUGACGAUGAUAGCUCGAGUAGUGGACGGUCUUCCGCUGGUGGGAACUAUGCAAGAGGACGAGCAGUCCGGAAGAAGUGUACUAGAUUAUCAAAAUCAAGCUAAAAUGCUUUUUCGGAAGCUGGGACCGAACUCUCCAACUCGUUGCAGUAUAGAGACAGGACCUUAUCUCUUUCAUUAUCUAAUUGAAAAUGAUGUUUGCUAUCUGGUCCUUUGUGAUAAGAUGUUUUCCAAACGUAUUGCGUUUAAUUACCUGGAAGAUAUUGCUCAGGAAUUCCACAACAACUACGGCCGUAAAGUGAAUUCGGUAACGCGACCCUAUGCUUUUAUAGAGUUUGACAUUUACAUACAAAAGGCAAGGAAAUCGUUAACCGACAGGCGAAGAAACAUCAAUACGAUAAACACGCAGUUGCAGGAUGUGCAGCGAAUAAUGGUCCAAAAUAUUGAUGACGUUCUUCAGCGUGGGACGGUUUUGUCAGAGCUGGAUACCAAGACACAAAAUUUAUCGAUGCUUUCGCAAAAAUAUAAAAAAGAUGCCACCUAUUUAAAUCGGAAAUCAAUGUAUGUCAAAGGAGCGGUUGCAGCCAUCGUUAUCAUCGUUUUUAUUUUAUACUUUUGGGUUAUUUAAUUAUUUGAAUUCGAUUCGUUAUGUGUGGACAAUAUAUAGCAAGAUCCGUUUAUUAGAUUUGUAAGAGAACAAGCACUGGUGUACUGUCAAUGUACGUUUUAGCACGGUAGAAGCGAACGUAAGCCAAAAUCUAACCCUUUGGAACGAAAAUUUCCAGUUUAUGAGUUAACGAACAUUAUCGACCGUUUUCUCGCAACAGUACAGUUUCAUCUUAGUUUACAAAUAUACAUAUACGCACUACAAUAUUGGUUUGGUUAUAAUUUUCAAGUACAUUUCCUACUGGCAUCUUAAAGGCCAACAAUGUAUAGUUGUACUGCAUGUUCUUAAAUGUGGUAAUGUGUUUUGCAGUAACCUUUUUAUGAAAUAAAAAUGUUUAAGACUUGUAACUUUAGUUUAUAUUCAAAAAAACAUUUUACUGAUUACUAAAAAGAUUAUUUUGAAUUUUGGAUAGAUAUUGGCAAUCCCGUUUGGUCUAUAAAGUUACUAAUUUUGAUCGACAACCCGUUAUUUGAUUUUUGCGAAUUAUUUAGACCUAGUUCAAAAGCUUUGUCUUUGGAGAAGAUAAACAAUGGAUAACAAAAUAAAGAAAUUUUAUUUAGAA